UGCCACCGUCCGCACCUCUCACGCGGCUGUGACAUUUUCCGAGCGCCUCAUAGGAGUCCCAAAACAGCGCGCCGACAUGACGGACUCGGCCGCAGCAGAGGAGCCCACGGCAGCAAACGACUCCCCCAAGCAGCGAGAAGAAGACCACCAGCGUCAUCAGGCCAGAAACGGCGGUCAGGGAGAGCUGAUCAAGAUGGACCAGGAGAUGAGGAUUACCGAGAGCAUGGAGGACGGAGGUCUUCUGGAGAGCAGCAUGCGCCUGAAACCACACGAAGCACAAAGCUAUCGCAAAAAGGCCCUGUGGGUUUCCUGGGCGUCCAUCGGGGCGACGAUCAUCCUGGCCAUUGCCGCCUUCACUGUCUCUAUCAUGCGACACAGCGCUUCUGCGUUUGGAUUUGCUUUUGAUGCAACGCUGGAUGUCCUGUCCUCGGUCAUUGUGCUGUGGCGUUACAGCAAUGCUGCAGCCGUCCACUCAGCUCAUCGGGAAUACAUAGCCUGCCUUAUCCUGGGUGUGAUCUUCAUCUUGUCAUCCUUGUGCAUAAUGGGUAAGGCAAUCCAUGACCUGGCCACCAAGCUGCUGCCUGAAGUGGAUGACCUCCUCUUCAGCGUCUCCAUCGUCAGCGGCGUGGUGUGUAUCUUCCUGGCCGUGAUCAAGUUCAUGCUGGGAAAGGUGCUCACAAGUCGGGCACUCAUCACGGACGGCUUCAACUCUCUGGUGGGGGGCAUCAUGGGCUUCUCCAUCCUCAUCAGUGCAGAGGUGUUCAAGCAUGAGCCCAUAGUGUGGUACCUAGAUGGGACAAUAGGUGUCCUCAUUGGCCUUAUAAUCUUGGCCUACGGAGUCAAGCUGCUGCUGGACAUGAUCCCACGAGUGAGACAAACAAGGAACUACGAGCGCUUUGAGUAACGCUACGCCGUCUGACGGCUCACAGUGGAGAAGAUGUGGACAAGGAGGGAGGGACUGGAGAGACAAAGGGUCUGGUCUACACAGCACCCCCCGACCCACCCUUGCCAGAGACACUGCAGAACCUGUGUGCCGAUACCAACAUUCUCUCCAUUCAAUUAUUUGAACAGUAUGGAAGAUGUUGGCCAUUUUAGAAUGUAGUGUACAGGUAUAUCAACGUUCUUGAUGAGGUUGAUCAUGAUGCCUCGUUAUUUCAAUAAGACGAGGGGACUGACAGACAGGGCUGCUGGGACAAAUGUACACAAACUGCUUUGCGAAACAUUUGCCAGCAGUUGAUUCCCCUGUGCGGCAGGUCAUGAUGGUGUCAGCCCACAGCAGGAGUCAAACUGCAACAUGAAUGUAAAGAAUUAUGCAGGUCUGCGACCUUCAAAGAAUGACAUUUUCAUGGUGGGACCACUGACUGUAACUGAAUGUACACAGUCUGCCGUUAAUCCUAUUUGGUAAGAAAAGGAAGGAGUUUUGAUGAAAAGUAGUUGUAGCCAAGUAGCGUAAACAGUAUUUCUGCCUCUUUUCUGUGUGCAAUUAGGUAUUUUGGGUACAUGUAUUUAAUUGGAACUCUACAUGAGAAUAAUACGUAUUGUUCUGUGCCUGUGUUCUAAAUGUAGACAUAACCCUUUUGACAAAUGACAACUAACCUGCUGGAGAGCCUACUGCUGAAUCUCAACAGUAAAUAACUCAUCGGUUCUGCUGUAAUGUCAAAUGUUUCACCAGUCGGAGACUUUUUUUCACAGAAAAAAAAAAAAGCUUUAUUUAAAAAUAAAAUUAUAUCCCUCUUACUCAUUACAAAUUGUGAACAAAAAAACACCAUUGUUAUUCUUUUUGCCUAUGGGAAACAUCGCUGCUCUGGACGAUACCUGAGACAGCACCCAAAAAUAUCAAACAAUACAUUGCAGUUCAGUUGUACAGAGGACAGCUUUGUACAUGUGACAAAAAGGAUGGGUCAUCUGGGCCAAUACACAACACUUAAAUUAACUCUGUGCCAGACUCAAAUUGCUAUCAGCUGCUGUCUCUUUUUGUAUGGAAAGGCCAAUACAAAGGUCUCAGCCUGAUGAAUGUUACGUAAUUUUGAUAAAGCGAAUUAAACCAGUGAUAAAGAAUAACUGUUUGCGGCAGGUCUCCUAUCAAAUGUGAAAUGUAAAUCUACAGCAUGUUUUAGCCAAGGGGUAAAACCAAACGGUGAGACAUAUACAUGCAUUUGUUAAUAGGCAUGGUCAAAAGUAUAAG